UUUACAAAACAUCAGAAAGAAACGUUAGCAGAAAUACCUGAAACAGCAACGCAGCAGAGACGCAAAAUAACAAAUCCCCUCUGAAAGCCGACAGCCGCCGAGGAGAAGGAAGUGCCAUGUUUUCUCGCUGGUGGAGGUUUGGUGCGGACCGGUACAGCGAAGUGAACCUCUUCGCAGACCUAAAUGAGACCAACGCAGAGACUCUCUCCCAGGCCAUCAGAGCUGCAGCGCAUGAGGAGCCGGACGCAGACGGAAGCGUGCUGUUUGGCCAGCUGCAGGGCACUGUGGUCGGCCUCAGAUAUUACACAGGGGUGGUGAAUCAAGGGGAAAUGGUCGGUUUAGUGCGAGAGCCACAGAAUCCAUACGACUCCAAUGCAGUGAUGGUUGCCAACGUUUAUGGCAACCAAGUGGGUCACAUCAAGCGGGAGCUGGCAUCAGCUAUGGCCUGCAUCAUGGACAGAAAUUUGGCUAAAGUAGAGGGGGUGGUACACUCAGGGACGAAAAACAAAUUCACCAUGCCAGUGAUGCUGUCCUUCUGGGGGAAAGAAGAGAACAAAACUGCCGUGAUUCAGAUAAUGGCACGUCGUGGGUAUAAACUGAACACAGGUGCAGGAAGCACGGCAACAGGUGCAAAUCAGGGGCCGUAUGCUAGUCAAGGUGCUCGUGCACUGGCGUCUAAAAAAGGUUUGACCAUCCCAUUAACUCCAGAGGAGCUAAAGAAUGCAUUUGACAACCUUUUUGAAGGCUUGAUGGAGAGUAAAGAUGGAGAGAAAGAAGCAGCCAAGGCUGUGGGCACUCCUCUCCUGCCUCACCAGAGGCAGGCUCUGUCCUGGAUGUGUGCUCGAGAAAACAAAUCUGCGUUGCCACCCUUCUGGGAGAAGAGAGGCGAGCUGUACUAUAACAGCCUCACGUGCUUCUCUGCCAAAGAAAUACCAGAGAGAGUCCGUGGGGGAAUACUGGCAGAUGACAUGGGACUGGGAAAGACUCUGACAACCAUCGCUCUGAUCCUCACCAACUUUCACAAAGGAAAGCCUCUGCCCGUGGAGAAAUGUGAGCAGCAGACUUCGCCUAUUAAAGCCAAAACUGAACCACAGGUGGCCUCUAAGCUGGAAGGAGACAGUGGAGAAGAUAGAGCAGGACCUAGCGAUGCAGCUGCUGGUUCUCUAUCCUCACACUUUCCUCAGGUGGAGGCGAUCUCUGUUGAUUCGCCAGACGUAGUGGAGAUUGUGGACAAGUUAGACAAAAGUUCAAGCAAAGGAAAGACGAAAGCUACAAAACGAAAGCCCAGUAAAGAGGCCCCAGUAUUGCUGGAGGAUCUGGACUUUGCUGCAGCGCUGGGUGGCUCAGCAUCAGAUACAGGAUCAAAGAAGAAGAAAACUGACAAGAAGCCCACUCCCAAACUCAAUGUGGAAUCCCCUAUCCUUGAAAGUGCAGAGGACUUAUCAGCUAGGACGACUCUCAUCAUCUCCCCACUCUCUGUGCUCAGCAACUGGCUGGACCAGUUUGAGCAGCAUGUGCGUGCUAACGUGAAGCUAAACGUGUAUCUCUAUUAUGGCUCAGAUCGCAACAGGAGCAAGAAGUUUCUGUCCUCUCAGGACGUGGUGAUCACCACCUACAACGUCCUCUCAGCCGACUUUGGGAAUAAGAGUCCCCUUCAUGGGAUCAAUUGGCUGAGGGUUGUGCUGGACGAAGGACACAUCAUAAGAAAUCCCAAUGCACAGAUGAGUAAGGCUGUGCUCGAUCUAAAAGCUCAGCGGCGCUGGAUUUUGUCAGGUACUCCUAUCCAGAACAGCGUGAAGGACCUGUGGAUGCUGCUGGCCUUCCUGCGUCUGAAGCCCUUCGAUGUGAGAGAGUGGUGGAACAGAGUGAUCCAGAGACCUGUUACUCAAGGAGACAGGGCCGGCUUGCAGAACCUUCAGACCUUGGUGAAGUGUAUCACCCUGCGGCGGACCAAGAGCAGUGAGGUGAAUGGGCGCCCCCUGGUGUCUCUGCCAGAGAAGACAGUGUGUGUGGAGCAAGUCGAGCUGAGUCAGUCAGAGAGAGAGGAGUAUGAGCUGGCACGGAAAGAGGGAAGAAGCACAAUCAGCAGAUACGUAGCUGAAGGUACAGUCUUGAGGAAUUACGCUGAUGUGUUGGCCAUCCUGAUGAGGCUUCGACAGCACUGCUGCCACCCAGAUCUGCUGGCAAAAACAUCAUCAGACCAGGGUGCUGCAGCAACGCCUGCAGAGCUGCGGGAGCGUCUAAUAGAGAAGCUGCGGUUGGUGUUGGCCAGCGGCUCUGAUGAGGAGUGCUCUGUGUGUCUGGACUCUGUUCGUCUGCCAGUUAUUACACACUGUGCCCAUGUUUACUGCCAGCCCUGCAUCGCCCAGGUUAUCAGCACUGAGCAGGAAGCAGCACGCUGUCCUCUCUGUCGCAGUGAGAUCAAGACCAGUGAACUGGUGGAGUUUCCACAGGAGGAAAUGGAGGAAGAGAACAGUACCAACUCUGAGAAGUGGAGAACAAGCUCGAAGGUGCAGGCGCUGAUGGGAAACCUGCUCAGGCUGCGAUGUGAGGACAGCAGCGUUAAGUGUUUGGUCGUCUCUCAGUUUACACGCUUCCUCACCAUACUGGAGACUCCACUCAGAGAGCAUGGUUUCCAUUUUGUGCGUUUGGAUGGCACCAUGAGCCAAAAGAGGAGGACUCAGGUCAUCCAGGAGUUUCAGAGCUCUGCAGCAGACAGUCCCACCAUCAUGCUUCUGUCACUCAAAGCUGGAGGGGUGGGGCUUAACUUGACCGCCGCCUCUCAUGUUUUCCUCAUGGACCCUGCAUGGAAUCCUGCUACUGAGGAGCAGUGUAUCGACCGCUGCCACCGUCUGGGACAGAAGAGGAAAGUCUUCGUCACCAAGUUCAUUGUGAAAGACUCAGUGGAGGAGAGCAUGGUGAAGAUUCAGAGGCAGAAGCAGGACCUGGUGGAGAAGGCUUUUGGCUCUACGAACACUGAUAGGAAAACAUCUCGGAUUGAUGACAUCAAAGCUCUGAUGGAGCUGUAGAUGUCUGUCACUGGACCUGAGCUGAUGUACUGCAAACAACACACUUGAGUCCUCUUUGAACUGUUUUAACAGUUGAACAUGUUCUUUUUUGGGGGGGUCUCACAGUUCACAUCUGAAGCGCAAGAGAGAAUUUUUUGCACACGUGGCCAAUGUUGUGUUUAAUUCUUGCAAUGAUUAUAUUUUUGUUCUUUAGUUUAUUAAUGUUGUAAAUUCUGUUUUAUUUCUACUUCCGAUACCGAUUCAUUUACAGGAUGCAAGCUUUGAUUUUUGCUCGGACCUGUUUGUCUGGAUUUACGAUUUGAUCGUAAAAAUUUCAAACUGUACUAAUGCAUGGAGGUGGAUGAGUUUGUCAAAAGCUAUUACCCUGAGAUGAAGACUGGGUGGAAAUACCCACCUACUGUAGCAGCUUAAGUCUUAACUUGUCACCGUAAGGAUUAAGAUGUUCAGUAUGUUAGAUUUUUUUCUUUUCCUGGCCAUUUUUGGAUUAAAGAAAGGCAGACUACUGAUAUACAUUUAUACUUACUGUACACAGAGCAGCUUUCAGAACUUUCAGAGGUUUUCUAAGAAAAGCAUGAAGUUGAAGAAUAAGGAAAAGUCAUCUGUUUACAUAAUGGUGUGCAUCUACCCAUAGAUCAGUCAAUUUUGAUAAGCAUUGAAUUGUGGUUAGAAAGUGCUUAAAUAUGAGGAUUUGCUGCUUUUCUGUUUUAACAAACAAGUCAGAAAAAAUCACAUAUUUUAAAAAGGUCAUCCUCAAAACUUUUUUUCUAUUUUGUGACAUUUCAUAGAUUAAAUGUUUAAUUGCUGCCCUAUAUCCAAUCAAUAUUACAGAGUUAAAAAAAAAAGUGAAACUCAUGAAAUAUGGGAUGGAUAAGUGGUGAUUUUUUUCCCCCUCACCAGUUCUUUAUUAGCACUUCAACAGGGAUGUACAGUUAACAGCUGGGUCACAGGACAGGCCUGCAUUAACCAAUGUCACUACAAUUAUGUUCCACUUCCACACUUAUGCAUAUUCAGGAUUUAGCAGGCUGACAAGGUUAGAAAUAAUUGCAUAUG